UAUGGAUCCCAAUAACUAAAGAAAAGCUUCUCAAAAUGCUAGAGCAUUAACACUUGCUGAUUUAGAUUAAUAAUCUAUUUCAGAUGACUCUGCUAUAGACUUAGAUUAAUCUUAAUUACAUAGAUUAGGAAUAGAUAUUAGCAAUAUUUAAGCUGCUGAAAUAACUUAGAUAGAAGAGCCUAGUAAAUCAAUCAUGCACUUUUCUAAAAAACAUAGUGAUUCAACUACUAAUAUAGAUUUAACUUAACAUAUAUUCUAAUUCAAACAAAAAAUUUAAGAUUUGUAAUUAGAAUUAGGAUCUGAUAGAUCUGAUCCUUAUGAAAUAUCUCUACAUUCAUUUAAAAACCAAGAAGAUAAUUCAUAAAAUAAAGGAUUAUGUGUAUCUGAAGCACUUAGAACAAAUAUCAACUCUUAAAAUUAACAGAAAAAUUAUGAUUAAUAAAAUUCAACGUCAAAUUAAUUUAAAGUUCCAAAUACUUCUUAAUCAUCUGGAGGUCUUAGUUAUAAUCUUCCUCAUUUAAAUUCAACUGGUAAUAAAGUACCUCUUAAUGCAAAUCCCAUUGGCAAUAUUUAUGAGCAAUUAGAAUACCAUAGAUUAAAAUUUUAUGACUCUUAUAUGCCAGAAUAACAUAAAGUACUCAAUAAUCCUCUCAAAUUUCUUAAAUAUAAAUUACAUUAACAAAAUAGAUAUGCUUUUGAUCAUUGUUUAGAUUGCCUCAUCCAUUGA